AUGGCUUCCAGGCCUGACACUAACAAGAAGUCCAUGAACAGUGUCAAUCAGAGUUUGAAAUCAAUCUUCCUCAAGCCCAAUAAUGUUAGCAAGAAAUUUUCCACCUCUGGAGAUGAAACAUUACUUGGGGGAUUUUUUUCCUGUGUCAACCCUGAUGAAUGUACCCAGAGUUUCAAAAAAGUGCCAGUAAUUUCUGAAUAUGGAUCCAAAAUACCAAAAUAUAUCCAGCAUCCUCUUACUAUGUAUUUUGCCCUUGAUGAGAUCAACAAGAAGGCCAAGCUUUUCCCCAACAUCACACUAACACUGCAGAUUUAUGAAACUAGUUUCAAUGCCAUGAAGGCCAGUGAGUAUGUUUUAGAUUUUCUGUUUCUGAGUCAAGGAAGUCCUAUCAACUUCAACUGUGUUGGAAGAAGGAAUCUGAACUUCUUGCCUAUCAUUGGUGACCUCACCUCACUCAAUUCCAUCCAAAUGGCCCACAUGUUGAAUAUCUACAAGUUUCCACAGCUUCACUACUUUCUGAGAAACACUCAUUUUAAUAAUAGUGUGGGAGAAGAAAUCUUUUUUGAUGAGAAAGGGGAGAUUGACCUGGGAUACGACAUUUUCAGCUAUGUCUCCUUCCCCAAUAAAUCCUUCCAGAGACUCCGGAUUGGAAAGAUGGUCUCCAAAUCUCUUGAUGGGAAGAAAUUCAUUAUUAAUGAAAGUAUCAUUAUGUGGAAUCACAAGUUUCAGCAGCUAUGUCCCCAUGCCAGAUGUGUAGAGAGCUGCCGUCCGGGGUUCAGCAGGGUUGUUCAGGAGGGGAAACAUAUUUGUUGCUACAAUUGUAGACAAUGUCCUGAAGGAAGAAUUUCAAUUGGAACAGAUGCAGACCAAUGUGAGAGAUGCCCAGGAGAUCAGUAUUCGAAUGCAGAAAAAGUCCAGUGCCUUCCCAAACGUUUCAGCUAUUUAUCCUAUGGGGAACUCUUGGGAAUCAUUCUGACUUCCUUAAUCCUUUUCUUUUCAUCAACCCUCGUUCUUGUGGCCGUGACUUUUAUUCUACACUGGAACACCCCCAUUGUCAAAGCCAACAACAGGAACAUCACGUGCAUCCUCCUUUCCUCUCUCCUUCUGUGUUUUCUGUGCUCUCUGCUCUUCAUAGGUCAGCCUGGGAAUGUGAUUUGCUUUCUCAGGCAAACAAUGUUUGGCACCAUUUUCUCUCUCUCAGUAUCUUGUGUCUUGGCCAACACCAUCACGGUUGUUAUGGCUUUCCUGGCAACUAAGCCAGGAAACCAGAUGAGGAAAUGGCUAGGAAACAGACUGGCGAGAUCCAUAAUUGUCUUUUGCUCCUGUAUUCAAACUGUUAUCUGUAUGGUAUGGUUGAUCGUAUCUCCUCCCUUCCCUGAAUGGGACAUGCAUUCACAGGUUAAAGAGAUAAUUGUUCAAUGUAAUGAAGGCUCAGAUACCAUGUUUUACAUUGUCCUGGGCUACUUGUGGCUCCUAGCCAUCAUCAGUUUCACUGUGGCUUUCUUUGCCAGAAAACUUCCUGAUACUUUUAACGAAGCCAAGCUGAUCACCUUCAGCAUGCUUGUGUUUUGUAGCAUUUGGGUGUCCUUCAUCCCAGCCUAUCUGAGCACCCAGGGGAAAUACAUGGUGGCUGUGGAGGUCUUCUCCAUCUUGGGCUCUACUGCAGGCCUCCUGGGCUGCAUCUUCCUGCCCAAGUGCUACAUCAUUCUGCUGAACCCACAUCUCAACACCAAACAGCAUCUGACUAGGAAGACAGAUUAA